AUGGCUGCAGAGUGCUGGCCAAUGGGGGAGGCAAUGCAGGUGGUGGAGAGUCGUGGUGGAGGGGAAGAGGUCACUACUGAUGGUGGUGGUGAAUGCGGUGGAGGUGAAGAGGUGACCAGUGUUGGUGGUGGAGGAGAAGUGGCUGAAGGCGGUGGUGGAGGAGUGACCCUAGAUGGUGGCGGAGAUGUUAGAGGAGGCAGUGGUGGUGAGGAAACAGGAGGGACAGAGUUGUUUAUAGGCAAUGGCGGCAUCAACGGUUGUGGAAAUGGUGACGGCAACAAUGGCGGCAGAAGUGGAGGAAAUGACGGUGUCAAUGGAGGUGGAGUGGUAACAGGAGAAGCAGCAGGAGGCAGUGACCGUGGCGGCGAAGACAUUGUUGAUUGCAGAAUAAGUUUCUAUUGA